GGGGGUUAUGUGAAAUGGCCCACACCAAACAGGCUAUGGCGCUAACCUGUAUAUGAGUAGGCAAUCCUGAGCCUUCGCUAUUAAUUUUUCAUCAAGUUGAUUUUCAGUAUCCAAUGUGGGACCAAAAGUGCGGUUUGACCGAGCAUAUUACCAGGGGCGGCCUGACAACUCAUGGGGCCCCCCGGUCAAUAGGGGAUCAUGGGGCCUCUGUGUCCUUGCCCAAACUCAAAAAAGCCUAUGAAAAAGGUACCAGGGGCAUCUCAUGGGGCCCCCUACUGACCCCGAGCCCUCGGGCAGUGCCUGAGUUUCCAAAUGGUCAGUCCGCCCCU